AUGUCGCCAGAGUCAGACACAAAUGUCAAUAGCGAUAAUGACGUCACAGACUCUGAUUUUGACAGCGAUGACGGCAUCGCCAUGAUGUCUAAUAAUAUUGGAAUAGCUUUUAACCCGGGUUAUUUGAACUUGAAUUCAAAACUGCAUGACGUACACUUCCAACCCAUGACGCUUAAUGGACUGACAUCAAGCAUGGCGUCAAUGACGUCGUGUACUCUGAUGCCAAUGAUGACGUCAUGGGCGCCUUCAUUUCUGGCAGAAUUUCGAAAGGAGCGAGCUAACGGUGUUCGUCGUGUGGGACACCCCUACCAGAACAGAACGCCGCCAAAACGAAAGAAGCCUCGGACGUCGUUUACCCGUCUCCAAAUCGUGGAGUUGGAAAAACGCUUCGAGCGUCAAAAGUACCUGGCGUCGACGGAGCGUUCGACGUUAGCGAAGACGUUAAAGAUGUCGGACGCGCAGGUGAAAACAUGGUUUCAGAACCGUCGAACGAAGUGGAGACGACAAACAGCCGAAGAGCGUGAGCUGGAAAGACAGGCUGCCAGUCGCCUGUUUCUCAGUCUUCAGUCCGAAACUGCAAACCGGAAGCCGAUGAUUGUCUCCCCGGACGGACUUUGUCUUAAUCAUCUUGAGCGAUUUCCGGAACAUAGAAAUUCAGAUAUUUAAGUGUGUUUAAGUGUUUAAGCUUUGAGUGUAUUGAAUAUGAUUAGUGUUAUUUAAUCUAGUGAUGUGAAUUGCAUGUUAUAAUAACGUUAUACAUUAAGAAAAAGGACUGUAUUUUGAUUUAUUGAAAUCGCUCAUGUAAGAUAAAAUUAUAUUUGUGUGUGUGUAUACAAUUAUUUUUUUUUAAGCAACUUGUGGUAUUCGGGCAGCAUUGCUUUGUGAAAAAAUGAACUCGUUUGCCGUGGUUGUGAAUAAUAAAGCUCUGCGACUUUUUCUUAAUUCAAUAAACUGUUAUUUGAAGACAAAUCAUAAACAAAAAAAAAAUGCAUAAAUGAGUAAAAAUACGCUGGUUUUCGACGAUCUUCAUCAGGUGUUUAUCCUUCGCCCUUUACACAUAUCGAUUAAAAUUGCUGUUGCCUCCCCUACACGAUUUAUUUGUUGACAUUAGCAGAAAACAAUAAUUGUUGGCCUUACGUUAAUUCUUCAUUGAAAGGCUCAUUAUGAAUUGAUUAUGCUACACACAUAAAUGAGUGGUUACACAUAAAAGAUAUAUAAUUAAAUUCAUUACAACAAUUUUGCAUUUUAUUUUAAUAAUGUGUUGUUUAUUUACACUGCAGUCAUUAACUUAUCGUAGACUCCAACAUAAAACGUCGAUUGAGACAUUUUACAGCAUAUAGUGACAUAAUCUGGUACUAAAUAUGAUUUAUAUAAGAAGCAUUGGGAUUAAAACAAAUAUUUAACUAUUAUUUUUAAAUGUAUGUAUUGUAUUAUUAUGGAAUUUAAAUGCACACUGAUGCUCAGUGUAUGUGUAAUUAAUGCAUGUAAUA